UGCUGGCGGUCGAAGCGUUGAGACGUCUGUUCGCGGUUGAAAAAAAAAGUUGAGCGCGAGUGAAGCGAACUCUUUUUGUUAACGUUUUUUUUUCUGUUGUUGUUGUUUCUUCCAACCACUCAUAGAUACUGAGAUGAUCUAAAUGCCAAUUAGCAUUUACACCCGACCAUCGACGAUAAAUCGCCUUUCGAAUAGUCGCCCCAUUUUCUUUGAGUGUGCCUGAGUCGCACAUUCCGUCCUGAAGAUGGCGCUGCGCCUGCGUCGCGACGUGCAGAAGGCCUCCUAUUAUGUGUGGUUCCUGGGCGCCGAGGAGGCGAAGGGGCUGCGGGGCGCCCGCGUUAUCAAUUCGGUCCUCCCCUAUUUGGUGGACAGGUCCCGCGGCCAGGAGCCGCUCAAGGUCACGCUCCAGGUCUCCCACAAGGGCAUCAAGAUCGUCCAGGGGGCCUCGAAGCAUCUGAUUCCACACAGUGCCAUAACCAGCUCCGUGCAGACGGACGACAUCGUCGCCUGCGUGCUGCUGCUCUACAAUCCGGCCACCAAGUGUCCGCUCCACGUCCACGCCUACCGCUGCGAUUCGGAGACGACGGCGGAGGCGCUGCACCUCCAGCUGCAGAUCCUCAUCAACCGGCCCGACAACCAGAAGCGCUUCGAGGAGCUGGAGACCAGGCUGGGCAUCCUGCCGCCGAUUCCCAUGAACGGCGGCAACGAGAAGCGACACGAGUCGAAUGGGAAUGGCAAGUCCUCGUCCUCAGGAGGACCGGGAUCGCACCACCACCAACUGCAGUCACAACAGUCGGGAGGAGGAGGAGGAGGCUACCAGGGUCGCCGGCACGAGACCUCCUCGCCCAAGCGAUUCAGCAGCUCCCUGGGCAGCGAUACGGGCAACAGCACCCGGGAGUCGGAGUGCAGCGAGGAGCACGCUGGCCUGGCCGGCGGAUCUUCGCCAGUUUCUCGCUCACCGCCGCAUGGCAAACAGCAGCAGCAUCCCCACUCCCACUCCCAUCCACAUCCACAUCCACAUCCGCCACAUCCUCCGCUGCACCAUCCGCCGCUGACGCCGCAGCAGAAUAGCGACCUCUUCGAUUCGCUGGCCGCCGAGCUGAGGGCCAAGUUGAAUGGCAACGGACCGCCCUUGUUGCUGCCGCCGCGGGACUACGAUACGGUGCACCGAUCCAAGGGCAAUCUGACGGCCAUCGAGCUGAGGCGCUGCCGCAACGCCCUCAUUGUGGGUGGUUCGCCGAAGGGCCCAGGUGGUCAGGGCGCGGCAGCCAGCGGUGCGGCAACGAGCGGCGGAGGAGGGGUGGGGGGAGCGGCCAACGCCAAUGGCAAGCAGGUCUCCUCCCGCGGCUCCUCGGGCAUCGGUUCCGACCUGGCCCCCAGUCCCGAGCGACAGGAGCUCAACAGCUCCAGCGAUGACGAGCACUGGUCGAACGAGGCGGACAACUCGGUGAUUGCCCUGAAGCCGUCACAAAUCGCAUUGCCCCAUCAUGGGCAACUGAAGAGGAAGAGCGCCGUCCAGCCGCCGGAGGACAGCUAUCUGCGGGAUCUGCCAGCCAAACCAUAUCAGCCGCGUCCCAGCGAAAGGGAACUGGAGAGGGAGAGGGAAAGGGAAAGGGAGAGGGAGAGGGAAAGGGAGAGAGACAGAGAGAGGGAAAGAGAUAGAGAAAGAGAUAGAGAAAGGGAUAGGGAGAGGGAAAGGGAGCGAACCAAGACGCCAGCUUCCAUUUCGAACAAAUCCUGGAGUCGCGAGGAUGAGAUCAAGCCGAUUAUCAUGCGACCCGCCGACUACGAUGCCAAGUUCAACCGGGUGAUGCAGCAGGAGCAGCAGCUCCAUGCCAACCAGCCCAGUCAUCCGGCCAAGCUCCGGGAUACGGACAAAUACAACGAGAUCAAUCGGUUGCUGAACAAGAAGCUAUCCCACGAAAGGGAACGCAAGCCGCGCUCCUCGCGGUUGGAGGAUAAUCAUCAUCAUCACGACGACUUCGAGGAUUCGGACCAGGGCAGUGAACCCCUGCAGGGAGGAGGAGCACCGAUCAUCCACCACCAUCACAGUCGCAAGACGGAGAACGGCAACCUCACCGACAAGCAAAAGUUCAUGGAGUACUCGGUGAAGAAGCAGCAGCUGCUCAAGAGCUACGGCGGCGCUGGCGAGGAUCAGCAGCGGUAUCGCCAGCAGCGCUAUGUGGAGCAGCCGGCGGAUCAUCAACUGCCCUUGGAGGGAGCUGGUCACAACAAAUACGCCGCUGUUCACAGGGGCACUGGUGAUUUGGUGGGUCAAAGGACCACCGAAAGGAUCCGACAUGAUCGGGAGAGGGAUCGUGAACGCGAGAGGGAUCGUGAUCGGGAGAGGGAUCAGGUGGAUCGAGAGCGGCGAAGGGAUCACGAAAGAGAGCGGGAGAGAGAUCACUCGAGGGAUCGCAAUCCCUACAGGGAAGCCGAGAGCCUGCCCUACAUACAGAGCAUGGAGAAGAUGAUGAAGUCCACGGGCAUGCGCUAUGGCGAUGCCAGUCCCAAGAUCAGGGAUCAGCGGGAGCGGGAGCCGCCGGCGCAGGGAUCGCAGCGGGAUCGCUUCCACGAUGCCAAGGACAAGUUCCGGGCCAUGGAGCAGCGUCCGGGGGUUAAUCGUUAUCCGGAUUUGGAUGAACGCGACACGCCGAUACACAGGGAUCAAAGAGAUCCAAGGGACCCAAGGGAUCCCUAUAGGUCAUCCUCCCGCCGGCGUCGCGGUUCCGUGGAGCCACCCAGCACCUAUGAACAGUGGAGCGAGGAGGAGGAACCUCCACCGGUGGUGGUAAGCGAAAAGUCCAAUCGUUCGCGAGCCAGAUCGCGCGGAGAAUGGGAACCACCGGAACCAGCUCACCCGGCGCCCACCAGACUUAUGGAUCGAAAUAUUCGGGAUCGAGAGAGGGAUCGUGAGAGGGAGCGCGAGCGCGAGAGAGAUUAUAAUAGAGAGCAGUCCCGGGAUCCCUAUCGCCAUGAGAGAGGAGAGCGAGGAGAGAGAGUCGAAAGAGAGCGAGAGCGUGAGCGGGAGAGGCCGGGCGGAAGAGCCCGCUCCCGGGAAUUCCUGCAGAAUGUCGAAACGAAGAAUCCAUCGACAACGGGUUCGGGUCGCGGCCACUUGGAGCGCUAUCCCUCGCCCGCGGCCACGCCCAUCAGAUCCGGAGAAGUGGGAGGCGGCGGCGGUGGUGGUUCUUCCGGCGGAAAUAGCGGUAAACCACUGGCCCAAAUGCCCAAGGGCUACAGACACAGCUAUGCAGAGCCCGUGUUCGCCAGAUCCGGAGGACGCGUGGGUCUGGCGGCAGUUAAUCCCUAUUAAG